CAAGCCCAGUGCCUAUGUUUCGUUCUCACCGGUGACAGCAGCUGAGCCAUGCUUUGCGUGUUCUCUGCGGUGUCUGGCGAAGCCUUGGCCUCCUUGGACGUCGAGGCGAGCGAGGCAGAGCACCAGGUGCGUCGACUGAAGGCGCGGCUGGCGAAGCAACUGGGCGUCUCGCGCUUCCGGCAGAGAUGGCUGGGCGAGGACCACAGUGAGUUGCCAGAUGAUGCCAUGCUGGAUUUCUCCGCACAGAACGUUCCGGUGCUGAAUGUACAGCUGGUCAUCCUGGAGUUCGUUGAAGCAGCUGAGCAAAGCGACCAGCUGGUUUCUGCAUGCGACAAGAAUUGCUGGGAGGAGGUGGAAGCCCUAUUGUGCACGCCUCUGUCUCCGACUUCUUUUCGAGAUCAACUGGGCCGACCCGCCUUACAUGCGGCGGCACGCAAUGGGCAUUGGCAAUGCAUUCGUUUGCUCCUGGAAGCGGAUGCAGAGAAGGAUGAAGCUAUCUUAGGUCUGACAGCUUUGCAUUUGGCAGCUCAGAGAGGCCACGUCGGAGUGGUACGUCUCCUGUUGGAGGCGGCUUGUGACCUACACUUGGUCACGUUGAAACAGCACGAAACUGCGCUGCACUUGGCAGCUGAUCAUGGUCAUCCUGAAGUGGUGGCACUCUUGUUGGAGAUGAAGGCUGAGAAGGACCAGGCCAGAAGUCGAGAUGGGAAAACCCCCUUGCACCUCGCCGCUGAGAAGGGUCACCCAGAGGUGCUUCGACUUUUACUGGCUGCGGGUGCGGAGAAAGAGAAAGUCACUCAGGAUGGCGCGACAGCUCUACAGCUGGCAACUCAGAGCCACAGGACGAAGAGAGGAAAACCCGCUGGAACGUCAGAGACUGGGCGGGAAGAGGUGGCACGACUGUUGACUGACACAACAGGACCUGCCACAGCAAGCGAAGGCAGCUGAAGACAGCUCUGAAGUCAAAGCCACUUGCGCUCUGAGAACUUGGGUUAGCUGUAUCUUUAUCUUGGGUGUCGACAGUGAUACCCUGCAUGCUGCGGGUUCGCCUGGUGCGCGCCUGGUGCGGCGCCCAGCGGGGUCCAAAGGCGACGGCCGCGAUCGAAAAAGACCUUCUGGAUCCUUUUGUGUGUGACAUCGGGCCGGCGAGAAAC